AUGUUCAAGAAGAAGCCUGCAAUCAAGCCACUGGCACCUCUCCGAUCCUCGGACCGCAGGAAGCUCGCCGAUCAAAUCAUCAACGACUUCCAGCUUGACCGUGACACUGAGCGUGUCGUCCACGAUACUCAGACGCCUGCACAGAAAGCAGAAGCAACGGCUGCGCGAACAAGCCUGCGAAACACACUACUGCCGGACAACCUCCAGUCAGCGCGAUUCACCACCACCCAUGGGCCUGAACUCAAGACAGCCAACGGAACAGUCUAUGUGGGCAGUCAAGAUGGCGAAGAGGCACGCAUACUGUGGUUUCAGGUCGACGGACGGAUGUACCCAACUGUGUACACACUGUGGAGGAAUCCAGACAUGGUGCCCCUACUACACACACCUGGCAUUGUCGUCAAGAAGCUGCAAGGCGGCGCGGACCUCAUGACACCUGGACUGGCUGGCGGACCACCGUUUCCACCAAAUGCGAAGAAGGGAGCUAUUGUCGCCGUAGCGAGUACAGACAACCCGUCGGUACCGGUUGCAGUUGGUGUAUGCGAGAUCGAUGUCAGUGCGCUGGAAAGAGUACAAGGAGCAAAAGGACAUGCCGUAGAGAAUAUGCACUGGGCCGGGGACGAGCUUUGGAAUUACAGUACAGGCAGUAAGCCAGGACAGGAGCCGCCAGAGGAGAUUGACGGGUGGGUGAAGGUACUCGAGGCUAGAGGUCUAGCAGAAAAGGUUCAAGAAAUGUCACUCGACGCAGGCGAAGGAGAGGGAGGUGUGCCACUGGAAAUUGGUAAUGCAGAAGGCCACACAGCCGAUGGAAAGGAUGAGGCCAGUGCAGCGGAGAAGGAAGAUGCGACACCGCUCACGCAGAAAGAGAUCGAUGAUGCAUUCCACAAGGCUUUCCUCUAUGGAAUCCACCACCACAAGACAACGAAUCCGGACCAGAAGCACCACGGGUUGGUCUUUCCGCUUACCCAGUCUUUCACAAUGUCGAAUCUGGUACAACCAUUCCUACCAGCCUUUACGCCAGAGCAGAGUCAGCAGCUGCAGAUCAAGAAGACUUCAUGGAAGAACAUCAAGAAGUUCGUGAAGAGCUUCGACAAGGCAAAGAUAAUCAAGACAAAGGACAAAGAUGGCAACGAGACUGUGAUUCUGGAUAUCGACUUCAACGAUGCAGCUAUUGUCAACUUCAAGCCAUAUCGUCUGCCCAAGAAGGAGACUGUGGCCGGCACUUCGCAAGGGCGAGGCGAGACGCCCACGGACAAGAUAGACACUGGAGAUGACUCGAUCGGCCAGAAGCUCCAAGUGAUAUCCUUUUUCAGACCAACGUCUAAGCUACAGCCCAUCUUCGAUGCCGGAUCACCGAACAAGACGCUCUUCACACCGCCUGAGGUGCGUGAGCUGAUCACAGCUUACAUCGAGCAACAGCAAUUAGUGCAGGAGAACAACAAGCGUCUAGUCAAACUCGACCCGACUCUCGCCAACUCGGUAUUCGACGGCUCAGGGUCGCUAGACAAGGAAGUGCUGGCCAAAGGUAGCGUGCCUCGAGACGCCCUCAUCGACCGCAUCCUCCACAGCAUGGCCAGCUCCUACGCCAUCGUUCGGAACGGCACAGAUCCUGGAAGCACAAAAGCGAAGAGCGGAGCGCCGCCGAAAGUGCACAUCACACUCGAGACGAGAAGUGGCAACAAGACCGUUACGAAAGUGUCUGGACUGGAAGCAUACUACAUUAACCCUCGACCGCUGGCAGAUGAGCUUCGUAAGGUAUGUGCUGGAUCGACGAGCGUAGAGGCGCUGGCUGGUGCUGCGAAGAAGACGGAGAAGCCCGUUAUGGAAGUUCUGGUGCAAGGACCGCAGAGGGAUGCCAUUGUGAAAGCGUUGGAGGAGAGGGGUGUGGAUAAGAAGUGGAUUCAGGUUUUGGAUAAGACGAAGGGGAAGAAGAGGUAG